AUGCAAGAAAUUCUUGCGCAGAUGAAUUUGGAAGAUGUCCUGUUGGGGAUAUAUAAGAUACAUUCGACAUUGACAGAUGAAGAGAAGAAGCGUAAAGAUCAAAAGGCCUUGAAGCAAUUACAUUUGCAUUUGUCUAAUAAAUUUUUGCAGGAUCUGAUGAAGGAGAAGAUCGCUAUUGCAUUAUGGGCAAAACUAGAGCAGCUAUGUGUGUCAAAAACCCUGAUGAGUAAGUUACAUAUGAAGCAACAUCUUUAUGCUCAUUGUUUAGAAGAAGCGUAUGUGCACGGACACUUAACUGUAUUUAAAGAAACUAUUUUGAACCUAGAGGCCAUGGAGGGGGAGGGUCUUAUUGUUUGUGGGAGACAAGAAUGGAAUACUGAUGAUGAUCAUGGGAGAACACAGGAAAAGAAUCCUCGCAGUAAAUCUAAGGGUAGAUCAAGAUCUUCAAAUAGAGGAAAACAACUAGAAAAAUUUGGUGAAACUGAUGUUGUAGAACACUACAGCGAUGGUGAACUCCUAGUUGCUUCUGCCAACAAUUCUAAAGGUUCUACAAUUACUGGUGAUGCUGCAAUUGUUUUCUCUUCCUUGUCAAAUGAUGAUGUUACUUGA